UACUGACCAUAUCGGAUGUGCACCAAGGACCAAUGUACUGAUCAAUAUCGCGAGUACUAACGCGUACUAAUAUUCUCCCAUUGGGAGUUGUUUGCGUCACGUUCUGGCAAACGCAAUUACGCAAUAGAGAGAGAGAGAGAAGGAGAGUUGGACCCAAAUACCGUUCUCCUUCCAGCCCCAACUCGUUGCUAUAAAAUCCCCCAACUGCAACCUUUGAAAAUCAACGACAGAGGGAAAAGGAAAUAGAAGAGAACCAAGUCUUUGUUGCGAUCGUCUCAUCGGUUUCUCCUCCUUCCGUUGAAUAUCUUCUACAGAAACCAUGUCUCAGACCGUUGUGCUCAAGGUUGGAAUGUCCUGCGGGGGAUGCUCCGGGGCUGUGAAAAGGGUGUUGACCAAAAUGGAAGGGGUGGAGUCUUUUGACAUUGACAUGGAGCAGCAGAAAGUUACCGUGAAGGGAAAUGUGCAGCCGGAUGCGGUGUUCCAGACUGUGUCCAAAACUGGGAAGAAGACUGCAUUCUGGGAAGAAGCAGAAACAAAGCCCGCCGAGAUAACCGAGGCUGCACCUGCUGCUCCUGCUCCUGCUCCAGCAGAAACAAAGCCUGCCGAGACCAAGACGGAGACUACUGUUACUGCUGCAUAGAUUGCUGGUCUGACUAAUAAUACAGUAGAGUUUAUUUACCUUGCCAUGGAAGUCGGGGUUCUGUACGGUUUGAUGAUGAAUGUGUUGUACUACUAAUGCUCUAUAGUGGUAGAUGUAAGCGGUACCCGUUGAUGAAAUGUAAGGGCCGACAAUAAUCGCCUCAGUUCUAUCUUUUUACGGUCUGAAGUUUGGGUUUUUGUUGUGAAGCAACGAUGUGUGGUGGACUAUUUCAAAUAUACUUGUUUGGGUUUGUGCUUUUGCAAAUAAUGUUGCCUAUUUGUUCUAUAGGCUAGCUUGAGAACGCCAUAAUGAUAAUCUCGCCUAGUUGUUAUUUUCUUAGUUGUAACAGAAAAGACAGAACAUUCAUAGAUAAUGUACAGACUCCUUGAAAAUGAGCAAAGCGAGAAUGGCUUUCUUACGUUAUUUUUAAGUGCAGUAUGUUUUCUUAGCUGUUCUGCUUGCCUCUGUUGUCUGUAUGCAUUUAGCUUUAGGCUAUUUCAACUAUAUCAUCAUCUCAUGAAGAGAAGGUUUGAGAGUUUGAUAAACAGCUUGCCAGCC